UCUACCCGGUAGUCCGGGUAAUAAAUAUCACUCACUCAGACAAGACUUACAAACAACGGCGAAUGCUACACGACACAGUUCUUAAAAUAUAUUUCUUGACACGCAGCUAAAUUAAACAAACAGACAAUAAACGUUUUAAUUCUGUUCUGCAUCUCGAGGGAGGGUGUGCAAAAAAAUGAUACAACGUCCUGGAAGAUUCAACUAGUCGGAACUUAAGGAGUCUGUUCCAGUGCCACGAUGUCAGGUGUAAACUUUUCAGAUAACAACAGCAUCUGCCCGUCGAUUGAUGACUUCCGUAACAAGAUCUACUCCACCGUCUACUCCCUGAUUACCGUCUUCGGCUUUGUAGGGAACGGCUUUGCUCUCUAUGUCCUCAUCAAGACCUUCCGAAAGAGAUCUACCUUCCACAUCUACAUGAUGAACCUGGCCAUCUCUGACCUGCUGUGUUGCUUAACUCUGCCCUUGCGUGUUGUCUACUAUGUGAACAAGGGCCACUGGUACUUUGGUGACUUCCUGUGCCGCAUCAGUUCCUACGCCCUCUACGUUAACCUCUACUGCAGCAUCUUCUUUAUGAUGGCAAUGAGCUGCACCCGCUUCAUAGCUAUCGUAUUCCCAGUGCAGAACCUGAAGCUGGUGAGUGAGAGGAAGGCCAAAAUCAUCUGUGCGUGUAUCUGGAUCUUUAUCUGCGCGACCAGCUCUCCGUUCCUUAUGAGUGGCACAAAGGAAGUAGGAAACAAAACCAAGUGCUUUGAGCCUCCUAGUGGUACUGACACCCGUAAGCUCGUUAUCCUCAACUACAUUUCCCUGGUGGUGGGGUUCAGCAUCCCCUUCCUGGUCAUCCUGAUCUGUUACACAGGGAUGAUCUGGACCCUGAUGGUCAACUCAGGCAGCAUGAAGAAGCAAAAGAGCAUGCAGACAAAGGCCAUCCGGAUGAUCUGCAUUGUCAUGGCAGCCUUCCUCAUCAGCUUCAUGCCCUACCACAUCCAGCGCACCUUGCACCUGCACUUCCUGAUGAAGAAAGGAAGCUCCUGCAACGAUAUUGUCUACAUGCAGAAGUCGGUGGUUAUCACCCUAUGCCUGGCCGCUGGCAACUCAUGCUUUGACCCCAUGCUCUACUUCUUCUCCGGGGACAACUUCCGUAGGAGGCUCUCCAGGUUCCGCAAGCCCUCUGUCAGCACGAAUCUCACCGAGAAGAAGAAGAAGAAGAAGAAGACCUUCACUGUCAACAAAAUAAACGUGGAGAGCCACAAACGAGAGGAAGAGUCAUUAAGGGGCAUCGAUGACAAGGUGGUUAGUGGUAGUGGCUAGCCUUUUUCCUGUCAGUGGAGAAACGGGAUGACUAGUAGCACGGACAUGGAGAUAAAAUAAGUCAUGGGAAGACGUUUUUUGCGCUUUAGGACUAUGGUUGGGUUUUUAAAAAAAAAAUGUUUUUUACUGUGAAUAAUUUAGGAGGGGUGGUCUAAAAAAUAAACUUGGAAUAGGAUGACCUACGUAGUGGAUAUAAUCAAGGGAAUUGAGGCUGUGGUCCAGUGAUGAGGGCACUUCGAAGGGCACUACUCUAUAACUUGUUGGGUGUGUCACUUAGCCUUUAAUCCCAUUUUGAAUAAGAAGCACCCACACUUUAAACCAGGUGAGGGUUGCUCAGUUAAAUGAAUUAAAUUACCAGCCCUGAACACAAUCUGUUGCAGAUUGUAACCUAAUUGUAAACCUUGCUAAAUCAUGGGUGAAUUUUGCAGGUGAGAUGGUUUGGGGCUGCUAACCACUCACAUAGUUAGAAUUCACAGAGUUCUGGGCAGCCCAAUCCGUUUACUUUCUGUUUGCUGUGACUUCUACACUCACCACUGAUUAAAUCUGUUGCAGGUCAAUCCCAAAAGCUGCAAGAAGAUCAUUUUAGUGUUUUUUCUUUUUGUUUUUUUAGUGUUUAAAAAAAUAAUCUGUGAUUUGUUAUUUUUUUUAAGCAGUACUAAUAUGUGGUCAGAUUUAAUUGAAGGAGCCAAUGUCCUAUACAUCACUGUUUAGAGCCAGCACUUUGAUCCUGACUGUAAUAGUGAAUUUGUAUUGAAGACAUCAGUGGGCUUGCUGGACCUCGUGGGCUUGCUGUUUGAUGCAAACAGCUGCAAACUAUGUUUUUUUUUUUUAAUGUGACUGUGUAUUGUCUUUUGGCUUCAGCAGAGUUUGCACCCCUGUCCCUGGUAUAGAAGAGACAGGACAGCACUUUUGUACAGUUUGUGCCUGUGUCAUUUUUUUGCACUUGUACUUUUUAUUACGAGAAACUCAUAGUUGUGUUUUUAAUCAUGUGAUGUUACUGUGUACUGUAUAUAAAAUAUAAUGUUACAUGUGUUGUAGAAAGGGUAAUACAAAUACAAAACUUUUUUUUUUUUUUUUUU